CUUAAUUUGUUUUAACUGUAUUUUAUUUUAGAUGAAUGCCUAUGAAUGUUCUGACCUUUGACCUGGUUGUGAUUAUUUCCUGGAUGAAUAUCCUCCAUGCCGUGACGUCUGCUAAGCGGGAGACUGCUCCGCAGAUAAAGAAAUUAAAAUCUACGUGUAGCAGUGGAUCGGAGUGUCCCGUCAGCUUUCCUAAGGUGGAGCUUAAGAAACGCCUCACACCUCUCGAGUACCAUGUUACACAGGAAAAAGGGACAGAAAAGGCCUUUUCUGGUAAAUAUGUGAACACUAAGGAGGAGGGUGUGUACACAUGUGUGGUGUGUGGUAAUCAGCUGUUUUCCUCAGAUUCGAAGUUUGACUCAAAAUCCGGCUGGCCAUCCUUCUACGAUGUCACAAAUAAAAAGCAGAUCAUUGUUAAAGAUGAUAACUCACAUGGUAUGCAGCGAUUGGAGGCAAAGUGUGCUGAUUGUAAUUCACAUAUAGGUCACGUGUUUGACGAUGGUCCGAAACCGACAGGACUACGAUACUGUGUCAAUUCAGCUGCACUCAGCUUCAAAAAACAAACAACAGUUUGAUGCUGGGACAGUAAUGGAGUGUCAUCUACAACAAGAGGUUGUCACUGCUGAGUAAAACAAACAUAGAAUGCUUGUACAGAGGACUUUUUGUUUGUUAUAAAAUCAUUAAACUUGUUUGUUAGGGAAUAAUUGUCUGAAAAAUUUUGAAAAUGUUUUGAUUUCUGAUAUAUAUUUUAUCUUCAUAAUAACAUAUCUGGUAUUUUAGGCCCUGUUUUUACGAAAGAACUUUCAAAAAUCUUGUAUCACCCUAAUACAUUGGCAGUUUAAUAAUUUUGUGAAAUGCAUAUGCUUGUAAAUUUAUAUGCUUAAAUUCUUCUUUUAAAGAAUAAAAUUUAUUGCCAAAGUAAAGUUAGGUUUUCUUUAAAUUGUGGACAGACAUUUUUUUGCUUUGUCUCAAACCAUUAUUAUUCUUUGUAUUGUUUAUAGUUUAUGUUAUGUUAUUCAAUUUAGUUUAUAUUUAUUAAGUUAUUUAUUAGUGAAUGUAUUAGUUAUAGAAACAUACCAGGUACAUAAAAGAUAAUAUAUAUUAGCUAAAAUAUAUAUACUGUUUUAAAAGUAUGGUGCUAAAAUUUUUGAGUUCUAGAUGUGAUAAAAAAAAAACGAGUUGUCUCUCUUUAUAAAUAGUGCGGACAAAGCAAUGGUUUUAGUCACAGAGAUUUGUGAUUUUUAUGGAAAUGGCAAUCUGAAUUCAUGAUGUUUGUUUCUUAUUAUGAUUUUAUUUCACAGUGUAGAAAAUGUCAAAUAAUUGUCUCUUAUUUUUUCUGUUUUUUGGAAUGUUGAGGUGCAAUCUAAGGCUAUUUUGAUUUUAUCUUUAGCUAUGUAAGUAAUAUGUACGCUGUACUUAAGUUUUAUAGAUAUUUUUUUUAAAAAACAUUAUAAUCUCAUUUUAUAGAUCUCGAUCAUUGUUUCUUUGCAAGUUCACUGACCUAAACCUCAGAGUUAUAUAGAGAAAUGUGUGUAUUUUGUGUAUCUUUGUUUAAAAAAUAAUGUUUUAAGGCCCCUUUUUGCUCCAUAUUGAGAUGAAUUUAAGAAGCAAUGUCCAAAAUCAAACAAAAGUAUUUUUAUCCAGUUAUCAUAAAUUUUAGAGUAAUCUUGCUAAAGAAAACUUUGAGUGCAUGUUAGGGUUUUCUGGAAGAUUUACAUUUUUAUAUACAGUUUAAACUCAUUAUCUCGAACUCAAAGGCACCGAGAGAAAAAGUUCGAGAUAUCCGAGGAUUUGAGAUAUCAAGGGUGAAAUACUUAAAGAUUAAGUGUGUGGGACUUCCAAAUCACUUAGACAUAUCUAUGGUAUUCGAGAUACCAGUGUUUGAGAUACAGAAGUUCAACUGUACCUAAGUAUGAGAUACAUCAGGCAUAUGAAAUCUCAGAUAGGCAACCUAGCACUCUGUGUUUUCUGAAGCAAAAUGGUAAAAAGGAUACGAAAGUGAUGAAAAUUUAUCCAAAAUUCAGCAGUUUAUUCUUAUUUAUCACUUUCUGGCAUUAUAUUUGCAGUGGAUAGGUAGAAAAGUUGGGUUUAAUCAUGUUACUUUAAUUCUAUUUUACUUUUUGUUUGUUUUUUUUUUUAAUUGUAUGUCAGAUUAAGUCCUAUAUCUUUUUGUUCCUUUAAUGAUUCAACUAGAAGUUGGAGGGUUUUGUUUCCAUGUCUAUUAUUUGUUUAUGUAUGUUUAAUUUAUGUAUCAAAACAUGAAUUUAAUACUGUAAACAUAUGUAGUUAAAAACUUAUCAGGGCUUUUUUUGCAUGAGAAUAUUAGUGCAAUAAGAUAUUAUCCAUCAUAUUUUACUUUUUUAUACUGAAAUAUCUAAAUAACUGUAGACAGUACACAAGCGAGUGAAAAGAUUUAUGCUGGCUUAAUUUUUUAUAUUUGCACUUAGUAGUAGCCACAUUUUUGUAGCCAAGAUUUUUGGAUAUUUUUUUUUCUGCAAUCUUAUGAUGAGUAUGACAAAUAUGUUAUUGUGUGUGUUUAUGUUUGCUUCCAUGUUUUCUCCAUUAAUAAAUGCUUGCUUCUCAUUUGUUUUGUUUUUAAAAAUAAUGUUUAAUAUUUGCUGAUUAUAAGAAUUAUUGUCAUUAUAUAUUAUUUUAUUGGACUGUUCUUGAACAAUGUUUGAAGUGCUUUCCAUUUUUACAACUAAUUUACAAAUGUUCAGCAUCAUUGCGUUUUGGAGUUUCUGUAAUGUGUAUAUGCUACUCUUAACCUUUACAUUUAUUUUAAACAUUUCUAAUUCAGAACAACUUUUUUUAUUAUGGGAUAAGACUUUUUUUCAUUAAGUUUAAAAAGUAUAUUUGAUAAACAUGGUAAUUUUAAUCCAUCAGUUAGCCCAGAUAAUCAGAAAAAAAAUGUUUAAAAAAAGGGGGGGGGGUGUAAAUUCUUGAGUUUUCACAAAGAAUAUUUUCAAUGCCUAAUGUCAGUUUUGUGUCUUAAGGUAUUGUAAAUAUUCCUUGUUUGUAUCUUUGAGUCUUUAUUUCUCAUUGUUUUGAGAUGUGUUUUGUAAAGCUGCAUAGCUUUAUUUUAUAUGAAGUAAAGAUAACCCUUUCAUGUUUGCUGACAAAACUUAAAACUUUAUACGUUAAGCUUUAUAUGUAAUGGAAUCGCAGACUGGUCAAUAGUUCAUUAACCUGGAAUUGCCAAGUCUCAGAAUUGACAUUUUACAUUUCUGCAAUUGAGUAAAUUUAACACGAAGAGUCUUCCCUCUCGGUUAACUUUAUAGAAGAAUGGUCUCGGUAAAUGUAGCGUACUGGUUAAUCUAUUACCAAAUUCUUUUUAAAGAAAUUUUUGAAACUCUUAUUUUUAAAUAAUAGAUGUGUCCUCGUCAUAAGAUAGAAAUUACUUAUCAUUUUUUUAAGCUGAUUGUUUAGAAAACUGUCAUAUGAACACAUAUAUAUUAAUUUAUAAUCAGUGUGUUUACGUUGAAAUCAUGUUGUUGAAUCAGAUAUUAUAAAGACAACUUAUUUUACAUCAGUAUAACUGCUGUGAUGCUGUGAUAGAGUCCUAUGUUAGUAGUUUUAACUCUGUUUGUUUUUUGUUGUUGAUGGCUUGAAACAUGUGCUCAUGUCAUUAGUUGAAUCUCUUCAGUUCAGUAGAAUGUGUUAUUCUGAGCAUGUGUGUUUAAUGUAGUUUUGAACAAUCAGGAUAAUUUUUUUUUCAAUUUUAGUCUUUUUUUUUUUUUUUUUUUUUUUAUUUUUUUUUUUUUUUAUUUAAAGCAAUUGUUGGCUGCUGAAAACAAACAAAGCUCCGAGAUUGUCCUCUCUGACAGAAAUAUCAGAUUCGUUCACCUCCAAAUGGUUUCUUUCACUGUGUCAUUUCUUAUCGGCAAUCAGCCUCAUUUUUGUUUUUUCGGCAAUAAAAUGCUUGUUAUAUCUCAA